GUCAUAUUAUGAUGUAAUGAUGCUUUUGCCAUGUUUUCAUCUAAAUUAUAGUAAAAUUUUAGAGGUGAUUUUCAGCAUUAUUAUUGCAGGAGUAGACAAUAUGGCAAAUAUGUCGAAAUAGUGAAUGACAAAGAAUAGGAAGACAUGCAAUAUGUGCUUCAAGUUUCUUUGGAGGCAAGUCAAAACAUGGAAAGCACGCCAUUAAAAAUAGAUGUUAAGAAGCUGUUACAGCAGCACAGUAUCAUUUGUAUGAAAGGCGAUUCAUCAAAUGAAAUUAUUGUAAGGCAAAGCAAACUUCUGGCAACUGCAUUUGUUGCCAUGAAAUCAAAAAGGUUUGAUUGCUGUGAAGAUUUGAUAAUUCAGUUCAGUGGAGAAGAUGCAAUAGAUGCUGGAGGGCCAUGGAGAGAAUUUUUCAGACUAGCCAGGCAGGAAAUUGUUCAAUCUUGAGGUCUCUUUGAAGGAUACAAUGGAUGUAAUCUGAUUUUUACUCACAAUGUGAAACUUCUUGAAGAAAAGCAGUAUUGGUUAGCAGGUUGUAUGGUUGGCAUUAUAUUGACGCAAGGUGGCCCUGGCUUUGGAUGUCUUAAUUCUACUGAGUAUGAUUUAAUGUGUGAAGCACCAUGUGAUGUAAAUGACUUUGAUGUUUCACUCAUAGCAGAUUAUUCAGCCAUUUUAUUAUAGCCAUUUUAUUUGUCAAAGAAAAUGCUGACAGUAUAGCCAGCCAGCCAAGGAUAUCCAUUAAUAUACCUUGGCUAGCUUUGAGCAAAGGGAUAUCAUUAUUAAGUCGUUGGUUAAGCAGCACAUAUUUUACAGGUUAUAGGUUAUAGUUUACAUACUUUACAUAUUUAUGUAAAAAAAAUUGAGCUAUUUAAAAUGGGAAUAAAUGAUGUCGGAGGUCUUUGGGACACAAUCAAGACACAUUCUGAUCAAUUCAAACCUUUGUUCACAGAGAUUCCAAGGAAAUUUUCUAGAGAAUCAUUCAAAGCCAUAUACGAAAUUGAGUGGAGUCCAAAAGGUACAAUAAC